UAUGGGAUAUAUCAUAUUCGAUGUGAUACGAGGGUCAUAUUCGGCCGAUACGACUCGUAUACCAAUCAAACAUCGUGAGCGAUAUGCACCGUAUUUCCGGAGUGCAAGUGAGCAAGUGAUAGUGUGAUCAUCUGCUCGACGACAUCUUCGUUACCAUCGACACCCAGCACCCAGACAUUCAGAUAGACAAGCAGCAAACAUGAUCCUCACCGACGCUUUCUGGCCAGUCUUUGCGUUGAGCUCUUGGUUCUCGGGCCAGCAGCAGCAUCAGCAUGACGAAUCGCUUGCCAACGGAGGUCAUCAUCAUCACCACCACGGUCAUCAUGGUCAUCAUGGUCAUGUUCAGCCUUUUCCCGGGCAUACGCUUUACAAGCUGAACGAUGGCAAUUAUAUUCCUAGUCCUGCUUGGGGGACGGGUACCGCAACAGCCAGAGAAGGAAACGCAACCCUCCUCGUAGCCCAAGCCCUCGAAGCAGGAUGGAGGCAUAUCGACUGUUCCUUGAUCUACAGGAACCAGAAUGGAACGGGCGAAGCUCUAACAGCGAGCGGGGUUCCACGGGGGGAACUUUAUAUCACCUCGAAAUACGACUCGUUGACCAACCAAUCCGUUCAUGAGGAACUCGGCUUGACGCUCGCUCAAUUGCAAUUGGACUACCUCGACCUGUACUUGAUUCAUUUCCCCCGGGCGGCAGUCAAUGGAGGUGGCCUGAAGAAGGUUUGGCGGGAGAUGGAAGAGGUGAAGAAGAUGGGGUUGGUCAGGAGUAUAGGGGUUAGUAAUUAUGAUAGUGUGGAGCUUUUGGAGGAGGUUUUGGAGGUGGCGGAGGUCUUCCCGGCUAUCAACCAAAUCAACUACUCGGUGUACAACGCGGUCGACAAGGCUCCGGUGGUCGCUCUGGGGACUCAGCAUGGGAUCCUUACCUCGGCUUAUGGAGAACUUCGACCGAUCACCUCCUCGCCCAACGGCCCGGCUGAUAUCAUCGGCAAACAGAUCACAGACCGAUUGUCCAAGGAUUACGGGAAAGAAGUGACCUAUGCGCAGAUGAUCUUUAGUUGGUUGAAGAGUACGGGCGUUGUCGCUGUUACGACGACCUCGAACAAGGAGAGAUUGAAGGAACAGGUGGUACCCUUCGGAAAGGAUUUCCCUCUGGUCACGGCGGCCGAGGCGAGGGCUUUCGAGGCUAGCGGAUGGGGGUACAAGGAUUGAUCGAGGAGGAAGGUGAUACAAGUACAUAUGAGCGAGGGAAAUGUAUGUACAACAAUGCAACCACAUGGGUGGCGGGCUUGUUGUAGGAUCGAAGUCAUGCGAGAUGAUCGGUCUCGGCUCGGGCGACUAGGUCGUCGACACGUCCCUGAAUGCCUUCGACAGAUGAGAUCGUACCAAGGAGUACUUUCCGUUUGGGUAUCCAGCGCUUCUUUUCCACAUAGUCGAGCCAUUUUAUCACAGGACGAUUGUAUGUCGCUCGACGGGGGUUCCUUCUCUGACGCCUCGCCAUCGCUAGGUGCGAUACUGCGAUCCACGAUGACCGUUUUGGGAUAGGCGCUCUUCUGGGCAUGGUCG